UGUUGCUAGUUCCCGACCGGCACUUGAUGGGGGAUGUGCUGCACCCUCAGGCCGGCCCCGGCGACGUGGCGCCGCUCUGGCCCGGCGAGAUCGACGAGCAGCUCAUAACCGAGCUCCUCAGCGACGAAAGCCUCCUCCUGGGCGCCCUGCAGCAGGCCCCCGCGGGCGGCGACGCGGAGCCCUGCUCGCGUGACAACACGGGGGCGUCGUCGUCGCCGGCUGCUCCCGCGCCGUGCAACAGCGGCGGCGGCGGGGCCGAGCGGGAGGAGGUGCUGCCGCAGCCGGAGGCGGUGAGCAGGGCCCUGUGCUCCGUGUACACCGGGCCGACGAUCCGGGACAUCGAGAAGGCGCUGUCGACGUCGCGGCCCUACCCCUGGAGCAGCCGCCGCUACAGCACGAUGCAUCUUGGCAGGUUCGGAGCGGCGAGCCGGGCGGCGCCGGAGAGCAAGUACACGACCAAGGUGAGGAGCUGCGGCGGCAAGACGCCGAGCGACGGGUACAAGUGGAGGAAGUACGGGCAGAAGUCCAUCAAGAACAACCCCCAUCCCAGGAGCUACUACAAGUGCACGAGCUCCCGGUGCGGCGCGAAGAAGCACGUGGAGAAGUCAACGGACGACCCGGAGAUGCUGAUCGUCACGUACGAGGGCCCGCACCUGCACGGCCCGCAGCCGCUCUUCCCGCGCCGCCAGUUGGCGUCCGUGGACCUGUCCGGCGCGGCGGCGGCGGCCGCGAAGAAGCAGGCCAGAACCCCCUCCCCGGCCGCGCGCGCAAGCGACGACGGCGGCGCCUGGCCGCCGAACGACCAGCAGAUGGCGUGCGACGACGACGACGCCGGGGCGCGAGGAGGGCGCGCCGCCACGCUGCCGGGAAGCGGACGCGCGGAGGACGCCGUGCCGCACGGGCAGCAGCACCUGGCGGACUCGUGCGACGACGGCUCGACCGCCUCCGUGCCGGCGCCGCCGCCGCGGGCUGCUACCGCGCUGACUUGCGACUCGCCGCCCACGACCUGGUCGUGCCCUGACUUCCCCUUCGUGUGGUCCCCUGAAGCUGAUCCCCUGCUUCUGUAGAAGCCGGUAACAAGCUCGUCUAGGAAUAGGGUAUGCGGAGUAUAUACUUAUAACUAUACCUAUACAUGCAUAGAUAGCAACGGGGAUCAAAGACCCGGGACCCCAGUGAUUAUGUUGCAGGUGAGAAUAACCCAAGUGACUAAGCUACAACACUGGAGCCAAGCUACCUAAGUUGGUGCAGCGCCAGUGGUGAAAAAGGCUAGCACUUUUCAAGUUAACCAGACAACUACUCCAUAUUGUACAGUAGGCAUCACAGGUGCCAAUGCGUGCCCCCACAAGAAGUUCUUCCCUUUCUA